AUGGUGAUCCCUAAGCUAAAAUAUGCCUUCUCGUGCGUGGUAUUCGGGGCUGGCAAACUAGGUACAUUAAGGAAACGAGCAAAUCGUUUCGACGCUGACAUCCGCAAAGUUAUGGAAGAGUCUGGUCUCAGAUUCCGAGGUAACUGCGCGGCAAGGUUAUAUGUGGAAAAAGAGACCGGUGGAUUAGGCCUGAAGUUAGUUGGAGAGGAACUAGAGAAAAGCAUCGCUUAUACGUGGUGCUAUCUAGCCUCGAAUACUGAUCUUUUGAUCUAUUAG